AUGGGUCUCAUCUCUGGUGACAGUCUCUUAAACAAGAAAUAUAAUGAACAGGAUUGUUUGCUUGCUGUUCGUGGCCAACAAAUUCCGAAGGGCCUGGGAGAAAAGAUCACUCAACUAUGUGUCGUGCGCGGAAUCCGAUAUCAUCCUGGCUUUGCCACGGAACUUUGUGGAUUAUUGUCCAAAUUCACUCGUGCACUGAACGCCAGAGAUAUUAUGAGUGAUAAGAUCCCUGAGAUGAGCGACCCUGAUGAGUUCCCUUACUGCAUCUGGUACCCGGAGACCGCGAAGGAGGAAACUUACCGCGCUCUUGCCAGACGCUAUCCGCAGAUGAAGUACCUGAUAGGUCGGGCCUGCGCUGUUGCUGGUUAUGUGAAUCUUUUCAGAGAGUUGGACCUCCUACCUGAAGCGCAUAUUGCAGAAGAGGCGCGAGAGAGCAAACAGUGGGAAAUCUAUGAAGCCAUCAUGGCAGCAGAUCUACGCUAUAAUGCCAUGGACGACUACACAAGGGCUGUAUUCUCCAAGCCGGUUCCAGGAUGCUUAAACGCAGACACUGCGGUACGCUCCUAUCUGGAUUUGAAGACAAAAUUCCGUAAACCACCCCCGUCCCCCUACGACAGUGACACAGACGAGGACGAAGAUGAUUAUUUUGAUCACUUCUCUGCACUCAGAGACCCUAGCCUUUUUGACAUCACGGAAGAUGAUCGGAUUGAUGAGUUCACAUCGGAGCCGCCGCCCCUGCAAGAAGAUGACGUGACACACCUUCUCUAUACGCCGCUGCCAGCUGAUUUGCCGACAAUGAAUAAGGACCUCUUAAUCCUCAUGGCAGCAUAUUACGGUAAUAUCGAACGCUAUGCUCGCCUGCGUCGACCUGGCAGGUGGGUAAAGUGCGAGGUGAGCUGUGUCGUGCGUGGCAUCUACCACAAUUCCAUGUUCGCCAAAUGGUGGUCUCUUCUACCCGGGCAGUGGGACCCAAAUAUUGAGAGGGCGAUCUAUGCACGCUUCAUCAUGAAUAACGACCUUUCUCAAAUCAUGCCAGAGACCAAAAACCUCCCAUGCUGCAUAUGGUAUCCUUCCUUUCCUCAUGUGGCGACUUGCAAGGAGCUCUUUCGGCGUGUACCCGUCAUGAAACCGGCUAUUGCGAGGGUCUGCAUCCUGCGCGAUUACAGCGACCUCUAG